AUGGCCGGAUUAUAUAAUGGUGUCCAGACAAAGUUUAUGGAAAUGGAGAAGAGAGCUAUGUUUGUGCACUGCCUUGCACACUGUUUUAAUCGAACACUACAAGACACUGUGAAAGCAGUUCCAGAAUGUCGAAAUGCAUUGAAUGUUAUGAAGGGCUUAAUACAUUUUGUGAUAGAUUCACCUAAAAGAUUAGAUCUUUUUACUAACAUGGAGAUAGAUGCCUCUACAAAUUUGAAACCACUCUGUCCUACAAGGUGGGCUGUAAGAUUCUUGGCAAUGUCUUCAGUUUUGUCCAACUAUACAGAAGUUAAGGAAUUUUUUCUAAAUGUUUCAAGAAAUGACAAAUCAGCCACUGGGGCCAAAGCAAACGCACUACAGAGGAAAUUCCUACACUUAGAGGAGGCCAGUAAGAUAAUUUCCACUCUUGUAACUUCUAUUAAAUUUAUGAUAAACAAUUUUGAAUCAUUCUGGGGUGAAGUAACUUCAGAAUGUCAAGAUAUGGAUGUUGAUUCCCCAAAAUUACCCCGUAGAAGAAAAGUCCCUAAGAAAUACGAUGACUCCAUCAAUUCAUCUGUAGAAACAUUUACUGAAGUAUGUGACAAAUAUAGAAGGUUGUAUUAUGAAACAAUGGAUACAUCCACCAGCUUCUUGGAAUCACAGUUCAAAACUCAAUCAUUUAUGUCUGUAAAUCAAACUGAACAAUUUCUUCUUGUGAAAUACCUAAAACAGGAAAACCACCUGUUUGACCUACUGCCUGAACUAGUGAAAUUCAUACGUGUAGUGCUGACGAUUCCGGUAACGUCCUGCACCGCUGAGCGAUCGUUUUCUUGUCUGCGGAGGGUGAAAACGCAUCUUCGUUCUACAAUGAGGCAGGAUCGUCUUAACGCCAUCGCCCUUCUCAACGCCCAUAUAGAUGAAUCGAUGAAACUCGACCUUGCUGCUAUAUGUGACGAGUUCAUAUGCAGGAAUGAUCUGAGGAGGAGUACGUUUGCCAUCGAAAAUUAA